AUUAAUUCCACCCUAAUCGUCCAAGGUCGUAAAGUAUCUGAUUAUAUUCAAUAUUUUUUUUUUUUUAAUUUUUUUUAAAGUUUUAAGAUUUUUAGUAUUUUCAGAGGUUGAUUCAUGUAUGUCACAAACGUAUCAGAUAUUUAUACACCAUUGUCACCAUAUCAUGCAUAUAUUUGAUACUAGAAUUACAAGCAUAUGUUACACAUAAAAAAAUAUUACAAUAGUACAUGUUUCUUAACUAUAAAUACAGGCUACAUAUAUUGAACAUAAAUUCAAGUUACAACAUACAAAGAAAACCAAUCAUCUUAUAUGAACUAGUUUUCUUCAAUCGAAAAAAAAAAUCAUCAAACAAAAAAAUAUUUCGAACUUUUUUGAUUGUAGGAAAUUAAAUGGAGAUAGGGUGGUCAGUUUGGAUGGUGUUAACUGUUAUUUUAGGAGGUUUAUUGGCAUUUUUUGGGCUCCUAAAAAAUGCAAAUGAGUGGUUUUAUGUGAGGAGUUUAGGCAAAAUGAGAGGACAACUUCCUCCUGGUGAUAUGGGAUGGCCUUCCAUUGGCACUCAAUUAUCUUUCCUUAAGGCCUUUAAGUCCGAUAACCCUGAUUCCUUCAUCUCCACCCUUGCCCAAAGAUUUGGGCCUACAGGAAUAUACAGAGCUGUAAUGUUUGGAAAACCCUGUGUCAUAGUAACAACACCUAAAUCCUGCAAAAAAGUUUUGUCAGAUGAUGCAACUUUUGGGCCUGGUUUCCCUGAAUCAAUCACCAAACUCAUGGGGAAAAAGGCAUUUCAUGGCAUUACCCCGGAAGAACACAAGCGACUUCGAAGGCUUACCACGGCUGCCCUUAGUGGCCAAGAGGCAUUGUCCAUUUACCUCAAGCACAUUGAAGAAAUCACAAUCACUUCACUUGAGGAAUGGGCUGGCAUGUCGAGACCAAUCGAGUUCUUAACUGAGAUGAGGAAGAUUGCUUUUAAGGUGAUCAUGUAUGUUAUGGUGGGUGAAACGAGUACUGAUCAUUCCAUCCUGGAGGCCUUGGAAAAGGAGUACACUACUUUGAAUCAUGGACUGAAGUCUAUGGCUAUUGACCUGCCGGGCUUUGCUUAUCACAACGCCCUUAAGGCUAGGAAGAACUUGCAGAAAAUGUUUCAGGGCGUCGUAGAUACAAGAAGGCUAGAACAAUUGGCAAAUAGACAAGUAGAAAAGAAGGAUAUGUUGGAUAUGUUGAUGGGAAUCGAAGAUGAGAAUGGGGGUAAAUUGAGCGAUGAGGAGAUUGUAGACUUAAUCAUCAUGUUUUUAAAUGCCGGACAUGAAUCUUCUGGUCAUGCAGCUAUGUGGGCAGUUGUGCUCUUAGAAGAUCACCCCGAGGUCUUCCAAAGAGCCAAGGAAGAACAAGAGCAUAUUGUAAGCAAACGGCCGCCAAAUCAGAAAGGACUGACAUUGAAAGAGACCAGACAAAUGGAGUAUCUAUCCAAGAUCAUUGAUGAGACACUACGCGUGGUUAACAUCUCAUUUACACUUUUUCGAGAGGCAACCAAGGAUGUUAAAAUCAAUGGUUUCACUGUACCUAAGGGUUGGAGGAUAUUGCCCUGGCUAAGAAGUGCUCACUUAAAUUCUGACAAAUUUCUCAAUUCCAAGGAAUUUAACCCUUCUAGAUGGGAUGAUCCAAAAAUAAGAGCAAAUUUCAUUCCGUUUGGAGCUGGAAGUAGGAUGUGUCCUGGCCGCGAUUUAGCCAAACUUGAAGUCUGUAUCUUCCUUCACUACUUCCUCCUUAACUACAAGUUGGAGAGAAUUGAUCCUGGAUGUCCUGUAAAAUACUUACCAAUCUCAAGACCUGUUGACAAUUGUCUCGCCAAAAUUAGGAGAAUGCCAUAAGUACCACAUUAUAGUGUUCAUCUUUAUGUACUUUGUUUUUAUUCUUUUUUAUAGAGUUGACACAGAAACCUAGGGUUGUAAUCACAAAUUUGCCAUUAAGAUAUUUUGUUUAUCUCUGUGAUAAACCUGGGCCUCCUCAUCGAGUUUCAUGUUCGGUCAAUUUUAUCCAUCAUGUUCUUUCGCGUGUACGUUGUUGUGUACAAACCAAGCAAUGAUAAAACAUAUAUAAUAACAUAACGAAGGUUAUUCAAUAGUUACAGUAAAAUUGUAGCUACUAUUAUGAGUGUAAAUCUUAACCCAUUAUAUCUUUGGAUUAAUUUUGUUCAUCCAAUUCCUUAUACUUUGACCAUGAAAAAAAAAUAAUAAUAAC